UAUUAACACUAUAUUUUCUAUGGCUUUCGAGGUUAUGUUGUUUGUUUAUAAACGAUCAGAAAGCAUGAUUUGUGCAUUUUGUUUAUAAAUUUAUACAUUUUCCAAUAUUCUAAAUGGAAUUUUUCACAGAAGAAAAGACUUGUAAGUACUGUUUUCAGAAUUUAGAAAUUUGUUUUGGUGAAGGGUUGGAAUGUACAGAAUGUAGAAAUUUUGUACACAUUAGAUGUCUCAAAAGAGGCUCAGUGCCUGGUGGAUUAAAAGGGGACCUUUUUUUCACAUUUAUUUGUAGUGAAUGUUCAUCCUCAGGAAGCGAAACUUUUUCAAGGAACAAAUUAUCUUGGUUACAAAUUGUAAUUUUAGUUUUGUAUCAUUUGCAAACAAAAAGUCCAGGAUUGGCAAGAAAAGGAUUUUUUCAUUGGAGAAACCAUGUAGCGACAUUUAUAGAUAGGAAUUGGGAGAUCCUGUUUCCAAGUGAUAUUAAAAAGAAGAAGAAAUGGACAGGCACUAUCGCUGGCACGUUGUCACAUUUCAGUUCAUAUAUUUUUUUGUCGGGAACUUCAACUUUUAAUGAACCAGCAUGGUGGACUUUAAUGUACCCUAAACUCAGCCCUUUAGUCACAUCACAUCUAUAUACAUUAAUGAACUUGGAAAAACAAAAGGGGAAAAUGAAAAAUGAGAAAAUAUCAGUACCUGAUGCAGAAAUGUUUCAGGGUAUUUUAUCAACAUAUAUUAAAGAUGAUGAUCUAAUUCAAUCCUUUAAUAUUAGCAAUAUGCAUAGUGCUGAUGGAAAAGAAGAUAUUACAUUACUUACCGACUUUAAGAAGAACACUAAACAGAAGGCAGGGAGUGGAAAUAAAAGAAAAAUCAAUUUACCAAGUAUAGGAAAUACAUCUAAAAAGUUGAUGAAAUUAGCAAGUUCUUCAGCAACUUCUUCUUCGACUGACGAACUAACAACAGAUUUCGAUAUCACAGAUUUCCAGGAACAAUCACAAUCACAAAAUGUAGUUCAUAAGAGCGAACCCGAGAAAAGAACAAACUGCGUCAAACUGCUAGAUCCGUAUUGCCAUUAUAAUACGUCAAUAAAUAAUAUAUCUCGCAUAAAGGGGCAAAGGAUGCAGUUUAAACUAACGGGAGGCAUAAGGAAAGAACAAAUUUUAUCUCCUUAUAGUGCGUUAUAUCUCAAGCCUUUCAUUCAAAGAGACACAGAAACUACUCCCUUGUGGUUACAGUUAAUGGCAGAAUUGCAAAUUGUAGCCAAUCGAAAAAAUGGUAAUUACGAACUACCUCCUAGAGCUCCGAUAGAUUAUUCAUAUGUUCAGCCAGAACAUAUUCCAGCGAUAAACAGUCUUUGUAAUCAGUUUUUUUGGCCAGGAAUAGAUCUUACAGAAACAUUACAGUAUCCAGAUUUCAGUUGUGUUGUACUAUAUAAAAGACUCAUAAUAGGGUUUGCAUUCCUUGUACCCGAUGUAAAACAUACCGAAAAUUAUAUAUCUUUCGUAUUCACUAGACCAAAUUGGAGAAAUUGUGGUAUUGCUACUUUUAUGGUAUAUCAUUUAAUUCAAACAAGCCUAGGGAAGGACAUUACACUACAUGUAUCAAUAAACAAUCCGGCACUCUUCCUAUAUCAAAAAUUUGGAUUUAAAGUUGAAAAUGUGGAACUGGAUUUUUAUGACAAAUAUUUUCGGAAUGAUGUAAAUGAUUCGAAACAUGCAUUCUUCUGUAGAUUAGAGAGGUAGAAUUGUGAUGCUGUUCUAAUAAAUUUGUUUUU